CACCGCCGCGCAACCAAGUGAAGUGUAAUCUGUUCUGGAAUAUCACACUGCGGGCAUCUCUUCGCUAUGCUGUAAAACUGUACUCAGUGGACGAGGUUUCCCGAGCUUUCCGCUGUCGGCCCGAGGUUUGAACAGCGGAACUGGUCCGCUGGUCGGCCCAAACGCGCGAGCUAGCUCAUUGGGAAGCUGACAGGUUGCCCGAUCUUACCAUUGAUCGUCACCGACUGCUGAGUCGGAAAUGAACAUGCAGUGCAGAAGCAAACGCUAGGACAUCGUCUCUGUUUCCAACAAUGUCAACAACCGGCCAAUUCUCGUCUAAGAACCCAACCAUCAAGCGGAUACUGAAGGAAGCAUCUGAACUCGCCAACCAUUCCUCUGCAGACUACCAUGCCGCACCGUUAGAAGCAGACCUAUUCGAAUGGCACUUCACGCUACGUGGUCCACCCGCACCCUCACCAUUCGAGGGGGGUGUUUAUCACGGUCGCAUCGUGCUACCGCCGGCAUACCCGCUGAAACCACCUAGCUUCCGCUUUCUGACGCCCACCGGCCGCUUCGAAGUAAAUCGGGAGAUCUGUCUCAGCAUCAGCGGGCACCAUGAAGAGACGUGGCAGCCUGCGUGGGGCAUAAGGACGGCUUUGGUCGCGAUACGCUCGUUUAUGGAUACGAGCGCUAGCGGGCAGCUAGGAGGGAUGGAGGCGAGUGAGGAGGUGAGAAAGAGGAUGGCGGGGCAGAGUGCGGGGUGGAAGUGUCCCGCGUGCGCGAAGACGAAUGCUGAGAUCAUGAGGGAGCAGGAGGAGACGGUUAGGGAGCAGGGGGCGGAGGCCGAGAUGGAGGAGACGGUGCCGGAGGAGUUGCGGUUGGCGUAUAGGGAGGAUCUAGCGCAGAAGCCCGAGCCUGCUAAGGAGACGAAUGGAGGAGCGAAGACGCCUGCUCUCGCAGCACCAGCGAGUGAGCCAAACAUACAAGCCGAAAAUGCGUCACCGCAGCCAGCACCAGCACCACAAACUCAAGCAGCACCGCAGCAACACCCCGCUCAACCACCGCAACAGCAGCCCGCCCAGCCACAGCGGCAGAACGAGGAAAUACCGCCUUGGAUCGACAAAGCCAUUUAUGGUGUGGUGGGAGCUUUGGUGUUUUUGGUUUGGCGGAAGUGGUUUUGGUGAGCUCACCAGCUCAAACCCAUCAAGAAGAUUUAUUGUCAUACAUGCUCACUUUAGCGUGGCGCGAGCGGAGUUAAGCAGAAACCGGAGUCUGCUUCUUUCGUCUAUGAGCGAAGGACGUCCUUCUGAACCUUUUUACUGUACACUGAUUAAGAGGUAAAGUAGAGCCCGGGAAGCUUGUUGUAUAACUGUCCGCAGUCAGAGGACGACACCCUUUAGUAGGCGAUGAACCUAUGUAGGCGCGCUGCGCAUUCUCCACAGAGUCAGUACUUUUUCGCCUUCGGUCAACA